AUGGGAUUUUAUAGCGGACUGGGUAGCCUUGUACCCGACUGCGUGGAUGAGCAGGCUAGUCUGGUGCUACACAGGGCGUAUACGAAUGAAAGACCAAUUUUUUGUGAGCAGAACUCAUUCAUCGGCCCCAAGAAUCCCGGAAAUUACAAUGCUUCAAUCGACAGCGAUAAAGGUUUCGGCUACCUUCUCUACGGCGCCGCCUACAUCGUGCCCUGUUGCGGCACAAUCCGGCGCUGGGAGUUCUCGAACGGGGACGUUGGUCCCAUAGAGUUUCAGGCGUGGCGACCAGAGACGCCUGCAAAUGACAGAUUCCUGCUAGUUGGCGUGAACGAGUACAACGUGCAACGCCGCGAAAAACGUGUGGCAUACGUUGAUUAUGACGUCGAACCAGCAAAAAUAAUUUCCGUUACGAAAGGCGACGUCAUUGGUUGGUACGCCCCAAUCAAUUCAUUGGUUAAAUAUUCGAAUGGGACAUCGUCUGAUUCUGUAUGGAAGUUACGACACGACGAUAGCGUGGUUCCUGGUACCGUUAUUGACUUCAGUAAGGGCAGCAGGCAGUCCGGACGUACGUACGGUAUCCAGGCGUUAUUGGCACCAAACCGAAAACCAUCGUUCGAUCGGUUGCUUGAAACGUCGAUACGAAUGGACGCUGACGUAGGCACCACCGUGUACACGGUUGUAGUGAGAGACGACGAUCCUGGUGACGUCACAACACUCGUCGUCAAGAUGACGUCAUCGUUCCCGUUCUUUGCGUUCGACCCCAAAACAAGAAAACUGACAGUUGCUCAGGAAAUGUCGGUACCCGCGUCUGGUCAAACGUUUAACAUAGAAUUCAAGGUGACAGACCAGUGUGGUGAAGAAACGUUCGGUGCGUUACGUGUAAACGUCAAUUACGUCGAACGUCCGACGUCGCAACCACAGCCAACAACUUCAGCAGCAACUGUGACAACCACAUCUUAUACCGACUACGAAAACAACGAGCCGGAUGACGAUCUCAGCCACAAUCACGACCAUGACCACGACCAUGACCAAGACAUUGAUCCUGAUCAAGACAAUCGUACUGCUUCCGGUACACCAGCCGGUAGAGGUGGAGCGACAGAGAUAGAUACUGAAGACGAGGAGGUGUCAGAGGGUGGCAUUAUCGGUGGUGUAAUCGCAGCAAUCGUGAUUGUCUGCUUCUUCAUCCUAAUUAUCAUUGGUUGCGUAAUGAAGAACAAAGACAAGGCAAGGACCGUCCCAAAAGACGCAGAAAAUGGCGAUCCGAAAAACCAAGAUUCGACCAAUGAAAUUAACGGUGAAACACUGAAACAAGAUACCGAUGAUGCUCCUUAUACCUCGAAACAGGAAUCGACAAAUGCAAAUGCUGUUACCAAGGAGACGAUAAUUCCAGGAGAAAACUCCCAGCAAAAGAUUUCACCGAAACCGAGGUCCAGCGCAAGAAGCAGUAUAAGUAAUGUGAAAAGCAGAACACCAAACGGGACUCCUAGAAAGACAUAGGGGAAAUUAGCCUUCGCUAAUGAAUGACAUUUUUGACCAUUGCAAUAUUUAAGUUUUUGAACAAAAAUAAAAAUGCUCGAUUUACAAAAACUUUUGAAUAUUUUUUUCUUCCAUACAAUUUUAUGUGAAAUUUAAACGAUAGGGUUUAAAAAAAUACCCUAAAGUUUCAAUGCCAGCAAUUUAAAUAGGGACUUUUAAAGCAAUCAGCACCAGAAAAUGGAAACGUGUCUAUUAUGGCUCUUUUAAAUUAAACGAGGAUAUUGAUCGAAAUCAUGAAUCCGGAGUUGUGGGAGCUGCUGUGUAAUAUUUGUGUUAGU